GGCACGUACGGUUUGGCAACUCGCGAAAUUCCGCUCCGAAAAUAUUUUUCUACUUAACUACAAUACAUACUUUUAUUACAAAUAAAUUGUUGUUGUAAUUCUAACGAGUGUGAAGGCGUAUGUAUGAGAAUAUUUCUAUUGAAAAGUAAUAUUUCCGUUUAACGACUGUUUGGCAAGAAAAAAAAGUGCAGUUCACGCGCAAGUAAAUAUCCGUAGUUUCAACUAACGAUUAAAAAAAAGUUACUCGAGUUUUUAAGUGCCAAAAAAUUGUAUUGUAAUUUAUUGAGAAAAAUUGCUGGGUAAAAUGCGCUCACAGAAAUCUAGCACGGACACGCCCACCCUAGAGGGUUACGACAAUUACGGUUCCGAAGUGACCUUAGAUAUACCGCCCAGUGGCCUCUACACAAGCUCCAGUGAUUGUAUUGUUGACGAAGCAGAUCCGAAAGCUGAACGUAAUUGUUGUACAACCACCAAUGAAUGGCUGAAGGAUACUGCUUCGAAUGUGUUUCGUAAAAAGACACUCUAUAAGCGUCUGCCGAUCUGCGAGUGGCUGCCGAAAUAUAGUCAGAAUGACUUCAUUGGUGAUUUAGUGGCCGGUAUAACCGUCGGUUUAACUGUGAUACCUCAAGGACUAGCUUUUGCGGGCAUAACGGGCCUGGAGUUGCAAUAUGGCUUAUACAGUUGCUUUAUGGGCUGCUUUAUCUAUGUACUUUUUGGCACCAGCAAAGACGUGCCACUCGGACCCACUGCCAUUGCAGCGCUGCUAACCUUCCAAAUUGCACGCGGCGAUUUGGUUAAGACAAUAUUACUCACACUGCUCACCGGCCUAAUUGAAGUGCUCAUGGGUAUACUCAAGAUGGGUUUCCUCAUCGAUUUCGUCUCAGGACCGGUUAGUGCUGGUUUCACCAGUGCCGCCUCGUUGAUUAUAUUUACAUCACAAUUGAAAGAUUUGCUGGUCGUCGACACUAAAGGCGACACUUUGGUGCAUAUGUGGAUCUCAAUUUGCAAGGAUUUUCGUAACAUCAGUUGGAAUGACGCGGCAUUGGGUAUUAGUUCCGUUGCUUUACUACUCUCCAUGCGCGUAAUGACUUUUGUGGAGAUCGGCCCGAAGGAGGGUAAGAAGAGUUGGCAACGUUUGCUGCAGAAGGCAAUCUGGUUGAUUGGCACAUCGCGUAAUGCAGUACUUGUGGUUUUGGUUGGCUUGCUGGGUUAUCAGUUGCUACAAUCCGGCACGGAUAUUUUCCGUAUGGUCGGCUAUGUGCCGGCUGGUCUGCCAGCAUUUAAGGUGCCAGCAUUCUCACAGAUCACAUACACGAACGCGACUGGUGGUGAGCUUGUCGUCAUGGAAGAGACUUUCGUCGAUAUGAUUAGCAGUUUAGGUGCUGGUCUAAUUGUGAUACCACUUGUUUCGCUCUUGGAGACAUCGGCGUUAAUACAGACAUUCGCUGAUGGCAAGCCCUGCGAUGCAAAUCAGGAACUCAUUGCCAUUGGUCUUUGCAAUGUGGGCAUAGCCUUUACACAGGGCUUCCGUGGUAAUGGGCCGCUGGCACGUGGCGCUGUUUUGAAUGCUAGCGGUGUGCGCACUCAGAUGUCCAAUUUCUACACGGGGAUUAUUGUAAUGUUUGCUUUGCUUUACUUCACUCCUGCCUUCUACUACGUCCCAAAAGCUGCAUUGGCUGCGAUCAUUGUAUCGGCGACGAUUUUCAUGCUGCAGUAUCGCGUAAUUAAACCCAUGUGGCGCAGUAAAAGAACUGACCUAAUUCCCGGUUUGGGCGCCUUCAUCGCUUGUAUUGUGCUACCCGUACAGAUUGGCAUUUUGGUUGGCAUUGCCAUAAAUAUUGCAUUCAUUUUAUAUAGCGCAGCGCGGCCUAAAUUGCGCAUUGAAACUUUAGAGGCAUCGAAUGGCAUUAAAUACCUUAUGCUCACACCCGAUCGUUGCCUGAUCUUCCCCUCAGUGGAGUUCGUGCGCAAUGUGAUCAAUAAACACAGCCGCAAAUCAACACUGCCUGUGGUCAUUGAUUGUACUUACAUUUAUGGUGCCGACUUCACGGCGGCCAAAGUCAUCUCAAUGCUAAUCAAAGAUUUCCAAACGCGUAAUCAGCAACUUUACUUUUAUAAUUUACAAUCAAGAGUGGCGCAGGUAUUCGAGGGCCUCAAUAAAGGUCUUAUCGUCAUCUAUGAUGUGGAACACUUGGAAAUGGUGUUGGCGGGCAAGGCGAAUGAUGUGAAGCCGUGAAGAGUUGGUUGGUCAAUGGCAGAAGCAGGUAGCAGUUGGAUAAUGAAAUUAAUGCAAAUUAAAAAUGAAUUAAAAGUGAAAGUUGAAUCUGAUCAAAAGAGUCGAUUUGCAAGUGCCAAAAUGUCAUAUAGGUGUUAAGUCUUUUGUUGCAUAUGUAUGUGCGAAGAGCCUAAAUUAAAGUUAUUGUUGCAACAUGAAUGGCAUAAAAGUAUUAAAAAUAUUUAGCGAUAUUACGAUAUUAAUAAAUAUUUUUUAUUUGUUUUUUUUCAUAUUUUUUAAGUGUAUGAUGUAACACAAAGUUUGUCAUAUAUUUCGAUAGUUUCGAUAUUUUUUCUCAUAUCUACCAGUUAAUUAAUUUUAUU